UUAGGUUGACUUGAUGGUUGUUGCAGAUUCCAGGGAGUAUUCAAAAGGCUGUUUUACAAGUGUCAUAAAAUGAAUGGAAAAUAUUUUCUAUAAUUUUAAAUAAUAGAGCCCCAGAGGCCUUUGAUCAUAUUGAAAGAGCCCAUGGUCAGCUUAAAUCUCCCUCGGUUUCUAUUCAUUAUGUUAUGGCCCUGUGAAAUAGUCAGUUCUAAUUACACUGAAGAAAGCAUUUGAUUUUCAGUGACAGAUUAAUGCCUAAGUUGGAAUAUGCAAAGGCAUGGAAAUAGUGGAAACAAAUGAAAUAAAUGCCUGAUGGCUUGUCAAACUACUCUAAUGAAGGGGUCUAAGUACGGGGCCACUUUAACAAUGGAAUGUAUAUGAAGUGACUAGACUGAAUACUGAUUCUCUUCUAUCCCCCUCUUUUCUCCCUGUCUUGAAAUGAAAGACACUGUAGUGAAUCAAGAUGUCUGUGAGUAAUCAGCACUACAGUCCUCAUCCAUCAGAAUCAUUGAGCCUUGCUUGGAUUGUGUUUUCUAACAUAGGGUUUGGCAAACUAUGGCCUGUGGCCAGUUUUUGUAUAGCUUCAUGAGCUAAGAAUGGUUUUUAUGUUUUUAGAGAGUAAGAGAAAACAAAAAUGAAUAUUCAGCAGAAAACCUAUGUGACUCACAAAGCCUAAAAUAUUCACUAUCUGGCUCUUUACAGAAAAAGUUUCCGAACUCCUGUUUUAAUAUAUUAAUGAGAUCAGUCUCUCUAUGAGCUUAAAUUGAAGAUUCUUAAUUGUGCUCUCUGUGAGGUUAGCACAGUGGAAGUGUGGAAAAGGUAUGGGCUUCAGAGCUGGAUAGAUAUGGUUCUGAAUCUUGGCUCUGUGACAUUCUACCUAGAGAACCUUGGGAAAGUAACUUAAGCUCUCUAAGCCCCAGAGUCCUCAGAGUAGACUCAGUGCCUUCGCUUCUACUUAGUAGGAUCAUAGCAAGUGAUAAUUCUUCAGUCAAAAAAUACUAGACCACCUAUAAAGCCUGUGGGUAGCUGUAAAAACAUUGCAACAGGCUUGUGUGCAAAUGAGCAAAGGGAGAAGCAAGACUUGGUGAACCUCCAGGGCUUGCCAGGCACUUGGUGUGGCACUGAGUGGGCAUCAUUUUAUUACUUCUUCCUCUGGACUAUGGCAUUGCUAUUACUUCUCCAAAGCUGGCUUCUGCUUCCGAUUUUGAUGAGGGUGCUUUUUUCUCAGCUCACGAUUUUGGCGCCUUCCAUGCUCUUCGGCUGCCUAAAGAUGUUCAUGUCUUUGGGCCUCUGCACUGGAUACUUAUCCAAGUAUAUGUGAGGCUUUGGCCCUUUGUUGGUGAUUUGCUGCCAAGAACUGUUCUUUCUCCCCUCUUCCCGCCUUCCUCUUUUCUUUCUUAAAUAUAAUUGUGCAUUAAUUGGGUCAAAGAGAAUUUGAUCCUUCCUAACUGUUCCUUUCCUAAGUUGUCACUGCGAUUUCCAAGUAACUUUAGACAAGGGAUUUACACCAUUGUUCCUUUUUCUUUCUUCAUAAAAUGAAAUUGGCAGUAUUGCUGCUUUAUACCAGGAGGACUCAGAAGCAUUGCAUUCUGGGCUGAGAAUGUCUAGGUACUUUUCAUAGGAGGCUGAAAUUGUGGGUGUGAUUUUAGAAAUAGUCUUCUUUGUGCUUACUGUUUUGAAAUGACUGAUCCUAGAAAGGCCUCUGGCUGUGUGGUUAUACACUGCUUGAUCUUAAUAGAAAACGUUUGAUAGGAGCAUUUUUUUUUGGAGCCUUGCAUUCAGUCUAUGGGAGUCUGCAAGGCUUUAACCAAGAGAGGGUAUGCAAAGACAGGGUGUUCUCCCUUUCCCUGGAAAGGUGGGAUUGCUUGGCAAGUAGCCUUAGCAGAAGUGUUUAGUGUGUGGCAUCAGGGAGUGGGGCUGCUGGCCAGGAUUUCUAACACCGUGAUUACAGGUAGCACAUGCUAAAUUAGGGUUCUACACCCCUAGUACAUGGCUGCAUUUAGCAGGAAAGUGAAGAAGCCUGAAUGUGAGAAAGUCCUUGCCAACCUUACAAUAAAACUGCAGCUGAAUAUGUAAAAUCUCGACUCCCAGAGGCCCUUAAACAGCAUCUUCAGGACUACGAGAAAGACAAAGAAAAUAGUGUAUUGUCUUACCAGACCAUCCUUGAACAGCAGAUUUUGUCAAUUGACCGAGAAAUGCUAGAAAAAUUGACUGUAUCCUAUGAUGAAGCAGGCACAACAUGUUUGAUUGCUCUGCUAUCAGAUAAAGACCUCACUGUGGCCAACGUGGGUGACUCGCGCGGGGUCCUGUGUGACAAAGAUGGGAACGCUAUUCCUUUGUCUCAUGAUCACAAGCCUUACCAGUUGAAGGAAAGAAAGAGGAUAAAGAGAGCAGGUGGUUUCAUCAGUUUCAAUGGCUCUUGGAGGGUCCAGGGAAUCCUGGCCAUGUCUCGGUCCCUGGGGGAUUAUCCGCUGAAAAAUCUCAACGUGGUCAUCCCAGACCCAGACAUCCUGACCUUUGACCUGGACAAGCUUCAGCCCGAGUUCAUGAUCUUGGCAUCAGAUGGCCUCUGGGAUGCUUUCAGCAAUGAAGAAGCAGUUCGAUUCAUCAAGGAGCGCUUGGAUGAACCUCACUUUGGGGCCAAAAGCAUAGUUUUACAGUCAUUUUACAGAGGCUGCCCUGACAAUAUAACAGUCAUGGUGGUGAAGUUCAGAAAUAGCAGCAAAACAGAAGAGCAGUGAACCCUUCAGGGGUCUCAGCUGCCUUAGACUAAAGGACUUUCAACACACUGGUCUCUUUUAAUUUAGUGAAAAGUGUGGGAGUUGUAAUUAGGAUCAUCCAUCCCAGACAUGGAAUCCCCCCUCCCUGGUGGUCUUAGGUCUAUAAUCAGUGACGAACAGAGGGUGCCGUUGGCCAAUGUAGUUAAGAAACUGGAAAAUGGUUUCUUCAUGUUUUCCCAACUCUUUCAUCCAGUGCCCAAAAUAUAUAAAUAAAUAGCUGUAGAGUCACAUAUAUGAAGUGAAUAGCAUAUGUGCCAUUUAGUCUCCCUGAAGAUUCUUUUCAAGAUCCUGUUCAAGGUCCUCCAGGCAUCAGCUGUUGUGUCCUCUCUUUGGAACAGUGGACAGGACAGGCCACCCAGUGCUGCAGGAGACAGACCACUGUGUCACCUGUGAGUGGUCAGGGGCUGAUGUGGCCAACACCCUCUGCCAAGAGACAGAGCUGUCCUAAGAAUGCUUUGUCCUUCUGAGCCCAUGUUUUCUGCUCAGUAGCAGCUUGGAAGCAGAUUUGGAAUGGUUUAUUAUUUUGGCUGCUCUUGGGGACUGCGAGAAGCAGAGAGGAUGAGAGACCAGUGGCAACUGCCUGCACAGCAGAAAUAACCCUUUUCCCUUGCUUCCUUUAAUAGUUAAAUAGACUUUGUAUACCACCUGACCAAACUUUGUGCAUUUAUCCUAAUCAUGCAUGACCGUUAACCUUUUGCUUAGUCCUUACCGUAUGUAAGAGGCAGCUGUUAAAUUCACCGACACCCUGAUUUUUCAUCUUACGUGAGCAAGAAACCACAUUGGGGAAAUGAAAAAAGCAAGCCACAAUACCAUGAUUCCUUCCGUUUUCAACAGUAGAUGAAGGAAAUGAUACUGAAUGAGUCACAGUGUUCCCUGGCAAGUAAGCUGUUUGCAUUGAGAAAGGAGUGAGCUGGUGAGGUUACCACCCUGAAUUGAGCUCCAGCUGCCAGUUUUUGUGUUUUUCCUUGCCCCUUUCCAAGUAGUUUUCAAGUGUCACGCAGUGUUCUGAGAAGCAGCAGCCUAUAACUGUAUUUGUGUUCCUUGAAGCCAGGUGGAGUUCCCAGCUACUGCAGCUUGGGAUUUGGUGGGAAACUACUGGGAUGAGCUUCUCCUUGACAAUGGAAAGGCAGCAGUCUUUAACAUUUGGUUGCAAAUCUCCAUCCACAUCAGGGAGCUUUCCCCAGGCAAACACAAACCGCCCCCUGUGGCCUGCAGGCCUGCAGGGGAGGCAGCAAAGGGAUCUGGCAGUGGCAACACAGCAAGUCGGGAAUUCAAGCGUGAACCCAUAUUGGUAAGUGGGCCAGAAUUAUUUAGGGGCCUGGCUUGCUGCUCUCCAUUUCCUGUAUCACUAAUGUAUCGUUUUUCCAACCUUGGUAUUUUAUAAGUUUAUUUAGAGAAAAUGCUGGGUCACUCUCUUUGCCUAAGGUGACUCAAACAGCCAAACAAAACUUUCGUUGCCUCCCACCCCUCUGUAUCCACCUGGUUUUGUUCUUUCCCUGUGAGCAUUUGUGGUUAUAGCUUCCCAUAUGCCACAUUCACCGGCCACCUCCUCGCCGUGGAGCCCUGCCCUCUCCCCUCCUGCUGCUGUAGAGCUUUCCCAAAGCAGUGUCCAGGGGAGAAUUCGAGACAGUGAAGAAAUUGCCUUGUGGAUGUGGAGGGCUGCAGUCUGUCUUGAUUUCUCCAAGCACUUAACUUUCUUUGACUGCACUGAGAAUUGCUGAUGAUUUCCCAUGAGAUUUGCUUACUUUUUUGUUUACUAUAUUUUCCAGAAUUACAGUUAGAACCUUGGUUGUUUUUAGCCAUAGAAUCUUCUAGUACAAAGUAUCUGCCACCAUUUUAGAUUUAAGCAUUUGCCUAUGGGGAGACACUGAAUAUGUGGAUGUGUGUAUUAAUAUUUGGGGUGGGGACAGGGAAGGGAAUGUGGAAAACAAAUGCUGGCUGUGAGCAGUGCUGAGAUGGCCAGGCCAGGCGGCUGAGUUUGCUUGGAAAUUCAGGACAUUCUGACUCCUAAGAGUUGCCCCCACCCACCAUUGAACUGAAAUCAGCACCAAUGGUGUCAGCACGUUACAGCCCAUAGCCAACUUUCUUUAUUUUUAACAUAGCACAAAAAUGUAUAAUAGCAAGGAAAAGACAUUUUUAAAUUCCACAGUUAUUUUUAUUGGCUAAAAUGAAAGCAGCAGUGUUUUGAUAAAGAUGAAAAAGAAAAGCUACUAAAUUAGUAAAUCAGUGGUUACGUGCCCUGCAGAAUUUCUUAACAGAUGGUGCUGAGUGCACGAGUUACAUAACUUUCUCUCUAACUGAGGUUCACAAGGCGUCUUCUAAAUUUUGCUUUGUACAAUUAAUUCAUUUCUGAUGUUAACCAAAUAGAGUGUAUAUAUCCUACUCCCAUUACUGCCUCUUUCCCCCCUACUAUGGCUUGUAGAUUUUCAAAAGAUAGAAGUUCUAGGCAAAACUGUAGCAGUUUCAUUAAUAGUUAGGAUAGUUAUAUCUAAAAUCAGAGUAUUUUGUUCCCUUCCUUCUGGAGCUCUCUCUCCCUAGCCCUUUUCCAGCUGUUGGGGAUGUGCAGACAUCACUCCUGGGGUGCCCUGUGGUACACUGGCUGCUCCCCAGGGACCUGGGAAUGCUGAAUCUAGCCAUUAGGGAAAUUGAUUUGAGAUGUUUGCAUGUGAAGCUUCCCUAAGCAGCACUGCCAAAGCUUUGGAAUUGUCACCCAAGGCUUCCUAGACUCCCUAGCUAGCUCGAGUUCGAAUUGCCAAUAGUCCCCAUGGUGCCAAAUUUUGGGAUGGUUUUACAGUCUUUUAGAAAUGAAGACGGGAAUGGCCAUGUGCUUAUGAGACCUCAGCAAGAUGCCAGGCCCAGGUCUCCAUUAAUGCAGUGCUCUGCUGCUGCUCCACUGGCAAUUUGUACUCUUAACAUAGGUUGGGGGAGGGACAGCUAGGGAAAUUUUUUUUUAAAUUAAUUGUAUCUACAAUUCUUUCAUCAUAGGACUAAACAACACUUACAUAGAAAGCUCCAAAGCUGUUCCCAAGACCUGUAUUUAUUUUAUAUGAACAACUUGCCCCAAGGCAAUUAACUCUGAAUUGCUGUUCUAAUGUGACAUAUCUGUGUACAUAUGUACAUAUUACUGGUAACCAGUGGCUGCAUUUUAUUCCUUGCUGUGGACUGAGGUAUUGGCUUCUUGAAUCUUGUAUAUGUCAUAAGAAUAUUACACAGAGAGUGUUAUAGUGAAGGAUGCAAGCUGGAUAAUUUAAAACGGGCUUUAUUUCAUACAAGUAUAACUAUUACAUCAUUUUGGGUAAAUGGCAAACAGGAUUGCAUGAGAGUGAUGGCAUCAUCAUUUCAAUUUAAUCUGAAGUGGCUCUAGGAAUUGAUUUCACUGUUGGAUUCUAGGAAAUUGAGUCCACUGUUUCCUUUGCAUUUAAUUUCCUUUGUGUUUAAUUUGACCACAGAAACUUUUUUGAGUAGCACCUAGUAACAUUGCAAGAACUUGUGUAUCAAGGUGUAUCUUGAUUUUCCUGAUUUUUUUUGUUCUCUAAAAGUUGUUGCCAGAUCUCUCUUGCAACUGUGUCAAUGAAAGGUCUGUGUUUAGAAAAGGCAGCAAAUCAUUGUAUAUUUGAAAUUAUAGGAAUAUAUGCUUUGUAUAAAACUUUUCCAAUGAUUUCAGAAAUUCUUUUUUCCUCCUUUUGACCCACCACUAGACUGUUCAUCCCCUAAUAGUUCCCCCAAAUUGCCUUAGCAUGUCGCACCAGCAUUUGUCAUCCAGCUCUGGAGAAAUGACAUGACUGUUUGUUAGAUACUAUGCCUGUUUAAUUGCCUCUGGAUUAAGUCAUUGAUAUCUAGACUUUUGAGCUAGUUAGCUAUAGAAAUAAUAGAAUCCAGUGUUUCCCAAAGUGUGUUCCAAAGAACACAAGUUCCAAAGAUGCUCUUCUAAAUAUAGGAUUCUAGUAUCAAAUAAGUUUGGAAAACACAUACCAUCUUAGAAAGUUAGUAAAAAUGAGCACAUUAAAGGCUCUAAUUUAAAUGUCCUGCAGGGGAGAGAAAAAAACAACAAAUAUCUACUGUCAGUUAGCCCAGUGUUUUCCAGAUUAAUUUGACCACAGAAACUUUUUUGAGUAGCACCUAGUAACACUGCAAGGAACUUGUGUUCUAAAGAACACCCUUUGGGAAAUUCUGGUAUAUUGAAAUAUUGCUGUGUUUUCAUUCACGAUGACUCUUAGUAGUAGCAGUAAAAUUUGCAACUUAGAAGCAUGAGCCUUUCAUAUAUGAAGCUGACUUGUUAAUAAAAGCAGUGUUAAGAAGUAGUAUGACUUAAUAUGACCAACAGCAGCCUCAUAUUGAUAGCAGAACAAUCCUACUUAAAAAUGCCGUGGUGCAAUGUCGGCUCACUGCAAGCUCCGCCUCCCAGGUUCACACCAUUCUCCUGCCUCAGCCUCCCGAGCAGCUGGGACUACAAGUGGCCUCCACCACACCUGGCUAAUUUUUUGUAUUUUUAGUAGAGACGGGGUUUCACUGUGUUAGCCAGGAUGGUCUUUAUCUCUUGACCUCAUGAUCCACCCGCCUUGGCCUCCCAAAGUGCUGGGAUUAUAGGUGUGAGCCACCACACCCGGCCAUCCCUUUCUUUUAUAUGAAUAAUGAGCAAGAGCCCUGCCAUAGCUAGAUAUGUCUCAAAUUCAUUCCAAGAUCUUUCCAUUGCUUUUUUGCAGUUACCUUUGCUUUUCGGGUUGAAUCAAAAUGAAUAGUUUUAUAUUUCAUUACUAUGUGAUAUUUGAAAAUAUAUAGAAAAUCACAGAAAAGGAAAAACACAAAUUUGAUUUUAAUUCACUUUUGAAAUUUUAACGAUUUUUAAAACUAAUGAUCCCUUAUAUAAUAAUUGAAAUGUAAACUAUUAACACUUAUUUACUUUCCUUUAUUGUCCUCUCUGGAUUCAGUGAAAUAAUUUGAAAUCAAUUAGAGUUCAUACCUUCUAAAAUUCCUGUCCCGUAUCAUCCCACCUUUUGUGUUUUAUGUACAUAAUUAAGUUUAGCAAGUUAUCUCUUGCCUAAAAUGUGAGGCCUUCCUGUAGUUCCACAGCAGUUACUCUUGGCUACAGAAAUAGGUUUGGGAAGCUAUGAGAGAUUACCCCAAAGUAAUGGAUGAAACAAAUCUAGUCGAAAACACGGUACGGAGUGAAUUAAGGCAAAAGUCAUUAACUUAAAAUUACAUCCAAUAUUUAGGAAUAGCUCACCAUCUGCACAUUAUCCAAAACAUUUUAAAAAACUAAAAGUAAGAUCUCUUAGGCUAGGUGGUGGAUUGCAAAGGGCAAGGGGCAGUUGAUACCAUGAGGCUUCCAAUAGAUGCAUUUCUAAACAUUUUUUCUAAUAUGUAAAUUUGUUUGCUGAUCCUUAGUAAUGUUAAUGCUUUGUCUAUUUGUUAUUUUUACCACUGUUGAACAGCAAACUGUUGAGGCUAGGGUUGAUUAUUGAUAAUUUUUAUGUGUUUAGUAAUAACCACAGCAUCCUAUGUACAACUGCUUUAAUAAAUCCAAGUUAAGGACUUUGAGGAGAGCAUGUAGCAACUAUUCAUUUUAACAAAUCAUCACAGACAGUUUCCCUGUUCAAAGCGCCACCAAAAAGCAAGCAUGCAGCAAAGGUAUAGAUUGUAUUUAGAGAUGUGGUUUCAUUUAUUCUUGAAGUCCUAUAACCUUGCAUUAUUUAAACACAAAAUCCCACCUAACAUUUGCCAAAUCCAAGUUAAUCUCAAAAACCUCCGAGGACAUUGAGCACAAGCAGAUUGCUGUGAAGGCACUGGUGGCAGACUGUGGUGGAGAGAGGGUUGAGUGACCCAGAGCAAAGCCUGCCCGGGUUACUCGCUGCCACUUCAGGAGAGGGCUUGUAUCAGCUCUCAUUACCUUUUGUCAUGAGGCAGUUCAUAAGUUAAAUAUGAUAUCAUGCAUUAUCUCAAAAUAUUUCUAUAUUUAUUAGAUAAUUCACUAUGUAAAAUGUGUUCAUGCAGAAGCAAAGGCGGAUGUAAUAGUCAAGUAUCAGGGAAAAACCCCUUUAGGAUACCCAGACAUUAAAAAUGUAAAAAGUAGCUUAUAAGAAAUGUGGAUUAUCAGAUUUUUACUAUAUAUAGGUUGUGUUUAAUAGUAAUUUCUGACACUUGCACAUAGAUCAAGAAAAGGCAGUUGUUACCACUUUUCAUCAUUCAAAAAAUGGGCUUCUCUCUUAGCGUAUUGGUUAAUGCUUUGCUUAUUUGUUAAUGAGGAUAGCACUUUAAUUUUAAAGCUUCCUUUUGUAGGACUGAUGGCACGGGCAGAAUCACAUUUAAGAAAAAUGGUUUGGAAUACUUUCUAAUAAAAAACUGUAAAAUCAGUUUCCAGUGUGGUCAAAAUUAGAAUGUAAAGUAAAGCAUUUUUUAGAAAAUACAGAAGCCCAAAUCAAGGGAGAGUAAUAUAAAAGGAAAUAUUUUAAAUUAAGAAAAGGAGGUGUUAUAGUUUAUUACAUCAUGAAUUAUGCUUUCUGUACUUACGCUGUUAGUGAAGGAGAUAACAUUGAAGUGAGAAAAUGAACAUUCUCAGUUAUUUGUGAAGUUAGUAAAAUUGCAGUCCCUAUUCCAUUUUUUUCUGAUGAAAAUGGAUACAUGAGAUCUCAUUUAUUGCUGUCCUCAACACUUUUACUGUCCUAGGUUCCGUUCAUGUUCCAAAUUGUGGACAAUAAAACUGAAGUCAGAUAAACAUAGUCACAGCUACAACUGAGAGGGAGUUUUAACAUAGUGGUAAUUUUGCAAAUGCCAACAUGAAUACUAGUGAGUACUCAAUUUACAACAGACAAUUUCACAAAAACAAACCACAGAGUGAUUUGAUAUUCUUGCUUCUUAGAGAGUUUUCUAAUCCAUAUAAUGCAAUGGGUCAGGUUGCUCAUAUAACUUAAAAAAUUAAUCCUGUAGAAAUGAUGUAUUAGACAUCUCUAACCCAAGAAAAAGAUGUCUUUUGUAUAAGUUUUAAAUUCUCAUUUGUCUAUCUUAGGACAAAUGAUGACUUCUUCAUGUAGUAAUGAAAAUGUCUAAAUCCUGCUGUGUGGAGAAAAGCUAGAACCAUGGGACAUUAAGCAAGAAUACUCCUCUUAUUUAGGCUCCCAGACUACAACUAACAGUCUUUAUUUAUCAUCUUGGUUAUUGUUUUAUCUCAAGCAUAUACAGUGUGCAGAAAGUAGAAUAAUGAAUAAAAUAUGACCAUGUAGAAAACCCA